AUGUAAAAAAGCAAUUCUUAUCAUAUAAAGACGCCAAGAAAAUUUCGACAGGAUAAUAUUUUAUCAUAAGAAUUAUUGUAAAAAUUAACUCAAUCGAAGUUAGAAAAUAAAUAAGAAAAUGGAUAUUUUGAUAAACAUAAAUAAAUUUUUGGAGCCAAAAAAGUAAAACAAAUUUCCAGAUCCAUAGGAGGAGGAUCUUAAAGUUAUAGAGAAAUAGUAUAAUAAAAUUUGAAUCUAUUCAAUUUAAAUAAAGAGGCUAGAGCAGAGGAUAUAAGCAUAAGAAAGUCUAAUGAAGAAAUCAAAAGUACAUAAAAGAAAUCAUGCCACGUCAGUCAUGUUAGUUAAAUAUGGGCAAAGAGGAAUAGAACAGAUAGUAACUCCUUAACUCCAAGAAAAGUAGGAGUAAAUGAUUUUAUUUUAAAUGCAAGUGCUUUUUUAAAGGAAAAACAAUUAGAAAAUCAAUUAGACAAGCUUUCUUAUCAAAUUGUAUAACUUUAAAGUAAAUCUGAUUAACUAGAGAUAUAAAAUAAAAUGUUAUUUGCAAAUUUAGAAUAAUAUUAAUAAGAUAAUCAUAAAAUGAAAGAUAGACAUUCCCUUAUUAAAAAAUUAGAUACCAUGAUAGUAAUGUAAUAACGCUAGGAAGAAAACUUAAAUUACUUUAAAUAGUUAUUUAAGGAUAAAAGCAAUGAGAAUAAGAAAACACAAUAGCAAAAUUCCUUCCCUAAACUUCGACCAGCAGGCUUAUCGGCAUACUUUGGUUUAAAAAUUUGA